AUGCUCUUUCAGUCUAAUCAAUAAGCUGCUAAGAGUUUGUAAUCACUAUUCAUUUAUAUUAGAUUAGGUAAUCGUCAAAAAAGAUUUGAACAUACUAUGAAAUCAAUGCAAAAAAUCAAAACAUUUGUUGAUUUAACUCAAAGACUUAAAUUACUCAAUCCACUUUAAUUUAAAUAAGUUCAAAUCAUUAUUCAACAUUUAAAAUAAUAAGCAAAACUAAAAUAAUUCUUUAAAAAAGAUGAUGAUGAAAAAAAUCAUAUUAUUGCAAUUUCUAAAUAAUUGGAAUUAGAAAUUGAUAUGCUUAAUAAUAUAGAAAAUGAUGAAGAAAAAUAAAACCUAAUCAUUGAUAUUCUUUAACUUGAUUUCUCACCUAAUGAAAUUGCAACCAUGGUACAAGAAUCUUCUAUGACACUUGAAACACAUCACAAUUUGCAUAGAAUUUUAGAAACCAUCAAUAAACGUAACCUUAGAAAACAAUAAAAAAAUUAAGUUCUCGAUUAAAUCAAUAGUCUUAAUUUUAUAUAGGAUGUAAAUAAUGAUUCCUCAGAUUUCUAUAAAGAAACUCUCAGAAGUUUCAACUAAAAAAGAGAUUAAUAAUAAAAUUGCGAAUUAUCAGUAAAUGAAAAGUUUGAACUCUUAAAAAAAUAUCUUCUUCACAAGGGAAUUCAAAUUGAAAAAAAAGAAAAAGUACCACAUCAAGAAUAUUCCAAAUUUUACGCUUAAUAAGCAAAUAAGUUAAUUAAAUCAACAAAGCUUAAAUAACUUAAAUAAAUUCAUAUUUCUAGUCCAAAAUCAGCAUCCAUAUCACCAGAAAUAUUAAACCCUUAAUAAUAUCAUACAAAUCAAUAUUUAAAAAAAAUAGAGAAAUUAGACAGCAAUCAUCAAACAAGUAAUAAUGUUUCUUCUACUACUCUAAACACUCCUUAACUAACUCCAAGUAAAUUGCUCAAACAAAAGUCUGAAGAAUUCUUAUCAUCUUAAUAAUAAUAAAAUUACACCUAAAGAAAUAUUGCUCCAAAAAGAAAAAGUGAUCAUCAAAUUAUAUCAACAUCAAAAACUAUUUUAAAUUCUCCAUAAGAAAAUGAAAAAGAAGAAUAACCUAAUAAAAUAAUCUAGCCUUAACCAUAAGUUAGUUAUUUUCAUAAAAGUAUUGAUUAACUUAGAGAAUUUCAAGCAAACACUAAAGCUGUUUAAACAUUUUUUAGAAUGGAAAAUAAAGAUUGCUUACACACUAUGAGAGACAUGGAAAAAAUAUUAAAAAAACCACUUAAAUAACAUUUCAAUGAAUUUAUGAGUGUUCAUUAAGAAGAAAAUGAUGGAGCUGAUUGUUUAGGAAAGAGAAAAAAUAAUAUGAAAAGAAAUAUAAGAUUGAAUAAGAUUUUCAAAUCUGAAUUAGAAUGA